UGCAGUUUCCUGCGUUAUCGGCGCCUUAUCAGCUCCAAAUAUUGUUGGGUGGGGUUUGUCAAUUGAUGAAUUUUAAUAAAAUUUGUUAAAGUCGUGUGGGGUUUGGUUUGUUGUGGUGUCGAGGUGUUGUUUUUUGAAAAAUGCCCCGUGUCGUCGCGGCGUAUUUAUCGACCGAGUUUUUGAGGUUAGCAAUCCUUCCAUUAUAGUGACAGUUGUGGAGCUAACCUCGUCAUAAAAUCGUGAAUGUUUUCGUAUUUGUGGCGGAUUUGGUGGUUUUAGAGUGGUCGGGGCGGUGUCUUUGGUGCAUGUUGGAGCCCCCGGUGGAAAUAUGUGAAAACCAUCUCGGGGCGAAGUUGUGAAAGUUCAUUGCAAAAUAAUUUUACACGCCGCCAUUUUUGAGAUGCGAGCAUAGCGAGCCACAAGGAGGAGCAUGGCACCUGUCCCAAGACCAGGUAGCCUGAGGGACCCCGAAAUCGCCGACUUGUUUUACAAACAUGACCCGGAGAAGAUCUUUGAGGAUCUCAGGGAGAUCGGACAUGGCUCAUUCGGCGCUGUUUACUACGCCAGAUGCACCAUCACCAAAGAAAUCGUUGCCAUCAAGAAAAUGUCCUACACGGGCAAGCAGAGUCUCGAGAAAUGGCAAGACAUUUUGAAGGAGAUCAGAUUUCUGAAACAACUCAAGCACCCAAACACCAUCGAAUACAAGGGAUGCUACYUGAGGGAAAACACRGCCUGGUUAGUCAUGGAAUAUUGUCUCGGCUCCGCCUCGGACAUUAUUGAAGUGCACAAGAGGCCCCUCAUGGAAGAGGAAAUCGCCGCGAUCUGCGAAGGUGUCUUGAUGGGGCUCAGCUACCUGCACGAUUUCGGACGCAUCCACAGAGAUGUGAAAGCCGGCAAUAUUCUUCUCACCGAAAACGGAACGGUAAAAUUGGCCGAUUUCGGUAGUGCUUCGAUCAAAUGUCCAGCGAAUUCGUUUGUUGGAACGCCAUAUUGGAUGGCACCGGAAGUCAUCUUAGCGAUGGACGAAGGCCAAUACGAUGGUAAAGUCGACGUAUGGUCACUUGGUAUCACUUGCAUCGAGUUGGCCGAACGCAAACCGCCAUAUUUCAAUAUGAACGCAAUGGCGGCCCUAUAUCACAUUGCUCAAAACGAAUCGCCAACGUUGCAGUCUUCCGAAUGGUCUGAUAUUUUCAAGCACUUCGUCGAGGCGUGUCUUCAGAAAUCACCGGGUAAUAGACCGCCGUCUUCGAUGCUCCUCACUCACAAUUUCGUGACUCGAACACGUAGUCCGAAUGUCCUCAUCGAUUUAAUUCAACGUACGAAGGCGGCAGUUCGUGAUUUAGACAAUUUAAACUAUCGAAAAAUGAAAAAAAUACUCAUGGUGGAUAGUUGCGAAACGGAAAGUACUAUAGAUGUUGAUGACACUCCCGAUGAGCAUGCAGGUGGUGAUAGUUCAAAAAGUAAUUCAGUCACGUCUGAACAUUCGGUACAUUCAGUGGGCGUGUCGGCGAGUAGCCAAUCAAGUAGCACGAAUAGUCUCCCAGCCGAUGGUACAACGAGACGUCACCGAGGUUGUUUCAAUCAUGUCGCUGCUGCUGCCGCUGUUGGUGAUCAUGGAACUAAUAAUUUCGCUACAAUUCGAACUACAAGUAUUGUUACCAAACAACAAAAGGAGCAUAUGCAAGAGGAAAUGCAUGAACAAAUGACGGGUUAUAAGAGAAUGAGGCGUGAACAUCAAAGCGCACUUUUGAAACUCGAAGAGAAAUGUAAAAUGGAAAUGGAGAGUCAUAAAAAUCAAUUAGAUAAGGAGUAUGAAGCUUUGCUACAGAGUUUCAGUAAGGAUUUGGAGAAGUUACAAGCGAAACAUCAGCAGGAAUUGGAAAGGCGGUUGAAACAGAAUGCGGCGAGUGAGAAGAAAUUGAUAAAAGAUAUCACCAGUCGACAGGAGAGUGACAGGAAGGCGUUUGAUGCACAUAGGAAGAAAGAGUACAAGGCGAAUAAAGAGAGAUGGAAAAGGGAGCUGUCGCAGGAUGAUUCCACGCCGAAACGGCAACGGGAYGCGACGCUACAGACRCAUAAGGAUAAUUUGAAGCUUGUGGACGCUCAGGACGAGCAGCGCUUACUCAGAUGCCAAAAAGAAUAUUUAGAAUUGGAAGUUCGCAAAUUUCGAAGAAAAAAACUCCUCACAUACCAUAACUUAGAGCAGGAUUUAUUGCGUCAGGAAUUGAAUAAAAGACAACAACAAUUGGAACAAGCCCACAUGAUGCUCCUUAGACAUCACGAGAAGACCCAAGAGUUGGAAUAUCGUCAACAAAAAGCCGUACAUGCAUUACGCGAAGAACAGGUCAAGAACCAACACGACACCGAACUGGCGAACCAAUCYGAAUACAUGAAACGUUCCGAGCGUGAAUUGCGUAAAAAACACGCCCUCGAAGUGAAACAACAACCAAAGUCGUUAAAACAGAAGGAAAUGAUGGUUCGUAAGCAAUUUCGGGACACUUGCAAAGUCCAAACGAAACAGUACAAGGCUCUCAAGGCGCAAAUCCUCGCGAAUACGCCGAAAGAGGACCAGAAGGCUGUAAUAAAAAAACUGAAGGAGGAGCAGCGGCGGAAGUUGGCCUUGUUGGGUGACCAAUACGAGCAAAGCAUUGCUGAAAUGUUGCAGAAACAGUGCUUGCGAUUGGACGAGAGUCAAGAGAGUGAGUGUCAACAGAUGAAGGAGCGGUUGCAUUACGAAUUGGAGAUUUUGAUGGCGUAUCAGAGUAAGAAUAAAAUGCAAGCGCAAGCGCAAAGAGACCGCGAGAGAAACGAGUUGGAGGAGAGAGUGGCGGUGAGGAAGUCAUUGUUGGAGACAAAGAUGAAUUCCGAGACGCAGAGGUUUCUCGAGGAGAGGGCCGAGAGGAUAAGGAUUUUGCAUGAGAGACAAGAGAGGGAUUUGGAGGACUUUGAUAAUGAGUCGGUGCGACUGGGGUUCAGCGCUCUGGCGAUAGCAGAGAUAUCACGUGAGAAUUACGACGAUGAUGGCAGUUUGUCCGGUUCUAUGCUAAGUCUAGCUCAUUCCAAUAGCUCUACGAGUUUUCCACCCGGGUCGGUGUAGUAACGUUCAUUUUGCCUAUCAAAUUAAUUUUUAAUCAUUAAGUGUAACUAAGACUAACAAAUACCGAACAACUGGUUGGUAUUUACGCUUAAUUCGAGCAAUAAUAAUAACGAUCACACGGCCAGGAGGGCGACUCAACGGUGAGGGAUAUUAUUAUUGUCCUAUUGGUUUCCUUGUCUUUUUUGAUAGCAGUAUUUAUUGAUUAAAUUAUAGAAGAAAUAACUGUAUAUAGUUUUCAUUCUUUUCUUUUUAGUCAAUGUAUUUGUUUGAUAGCAUGACAAAAUCAAACUGCUGUUUCUAGGGACAGURUUUAGUAAAGAAUAGUGCAAUUUAUCUCCUAAUUUCGUUAGUAUUUAACCACACAUCACAAAUUUUCGAUGUUAAGAUUGUGAUAAUUAUAAUUCUGGUUACUCAUGUAAAUUCAGCCGUUUUGUUUCUUCAUGUAACAGUUGCUUUUAGUCAGUCGGUCGCUAAUUAUCACGGAAAUGUACAUACCUAUAUUUACCUGUACUGAGGUUAGCUGUAUGAGCAACGAUUUCGUUCGGCUGAUAACUAUUUAUUUUUUCGCUGUGGCUACCAAUAAAAUAUAACAAGAUGUAUUUUAUACGUAAAUAAAAAUUAUUGCUUUAACUGUUUU